GUCAACGCGCGACGCAGCCGAGGAGAGACACGCGUGUUUAGCGGACCAGGAUCCGGACUCACUAGAACCCAGUUUCAAGUCCAGUUUUCGGUCCACGAUGGGGGACACCAGUCGGCUGUGCUCCGUGUGGCUCGGCUCGGAGACCGGGAUCCUGAAGGGGGUCAGCCUGUCCCGGAAGCAGGCCUUUAACUUCUGCAACGCGAGCCACCUGAGCCGGGACCAGGAGGUGCGCGCGCUGUGCUGGGGGGACCCGGCGGAGAGCGAGCUGCUGGUGGGCUCCGUGGACGGAACCGUGAAGACCUUCAGCACCGAGAAGGGGGCCUUCACCGAGACCCGGAGCUGCGGGGACCCCGCGGACGGGUGCUUCGUGGGGCUCGCGGCGCUCGGCGGCUCCGCGCUGGUCACGUGCGCGGAGUGCGGGACGCUGCGCGUGUGGCGCGAGGACAGCAGCGAGCCCGUCACGGAGCUCCACGCGGGCCAGAACGUGAGCCGGAUGCGGCAGAGUCCGGUUCACCGGCACAAGGUGGCCACCGGGGGGAAGGAGAACGGGCUGAAGGUCUGGGACCUGCAGAACCCGCAGAGCCCCGUGUUCUCCGCCAAGAACCUGCGCGACGACUGGCUGGACCUACGGCGGCCGCAGUGGGUCAGAGACAUGGCCUUCAUCCCGGACUCCGACAAAGUGGUCACGUGCACAGGUUACCACCAGGUCCACGUGUUCGAUCCCGCCACCCCUCAGCGACGCCCCGUCCUGGAGUUCGAGUACGGCGAGUACCCGCUCACCGCCCUGUCCCUCCCCGCCGCCGGCAACACGGUGGUGGUGGGGAACACCCACGGCCACAUCGCCCUGCUGGACCUGAGGAAGGGCGUGGUGCGCGGCUGCCUGAAGGGGCUGGCGGGCGGCGUGCGGGCGCUGCAGUGCCACGCCUCCCGGCCCGUGGUGGCGUCCUGCGGCCUGGACCGCUUCCUGCGCAUCCACAGCCUGGAGGACCGCACGCUGCUGCACAAGGUCUACCUCAAGUCCAGGCUCAACUGCAUCCUGCUCGCCAGCACAGACCUGGAGGCCGGAGGGGGGGAGGGGGGCGCGCCGGGGGUGAAGGAGGAAGACGAGGGGGGGGAGGACGACGAGGUGUGGGAGACCAUGGAGCGCGUGGAGGAGAAGACGAAGAGGAAAACAACAACAACAACAACAACAGAGGAGGGGGAGCUGCAGAAGAAGAGAAAGAAAGGGAAAGACUGAGGUUGCGUUUGCAGCCUGAUCAGAGCGUGGGACAUUUCAACGCCGUCUGUCAGACUGAAACGCAUGAAAGAUAAAAGCUUGUUUGUAUUUUGUAAUAUUUAGUCCGCAGCCUGAGAUCUUUAUUACUUCAGUUGUCUUGUAUGUAAAAUAAAUUUUAACCAACGAU